GGCCAAGCCACAGCCGGAGGAUUCACUCAAAUAGCACUCACCUGGAAGAGCCGCUGAAAGGCACAGAAGCCGCAGGACAUCGCAACGAAGAUCCAGAAGACACCGUUGAUCAGCCAAAAAUAUUACAGCAAAAAUGUCGUCGGAAUUGGCAAAAAUCAUGAACUUUCCCUCCCACCCUGUGGAGUUCUUCAAGCAGAUCCUGCAGGCAGCCAACAAGGGGAAACCGGCUGGAUCCAUCCAGGAAAUGAAUCUGGCAACUGUGGACGAGGAGUUUGGUGUCCUCAACCGCACUGUGCUCUAUCGCGGACUCACCAGGGAUAACUUUGUGUUCUAUAUCACUCAUCGUUAUACCCGAAAUUUUAAGAACCUUCAGGCCAAUCCCAACAAGGCCGGGAUUACCUUCUACUGGACAAAUGUCAGGGAUUCUGACGGCAAGGAGAGUACCUGGCAGGUGCGACUUAUCGGGGCCACCGCCGUGCAGCUUCCAGAAAGCGAGCUGGAUGCCCUGUGGGCCAAAGAGGACUUGGCGGCCAAAAUAAGGGGGCACAUAUGCCCCUGUGGCCAGCCAAUUGACCACGACGAGCUCAAGACGAAGCACGAUCAAUUCCUGCAGGAGCACCUGGCCAGUGGCAAGCCCAUCCCGCGGCCAGACAGCUACACCGCUUUCAAAUUUGAGCCCCAGCGAUGGGAUUUCCUAAACGUGGCCAUCAACCAGAUCGCCGACAGGGUGCAGUAUCGGCUCCAGGCCAACGGGCAGUGGGAGUCCAUGCAUGUGUCCACCUAAACCCCAG